GUGGUUUUAUCUCAAGUUGAAACAGUUACAUCAAACAUCCUGUUCAUUAAAGUAGUCGUUUGUGCGUUUGAACGGCCGAAUGAAGCAAUUUUCAUUAGAAAUGCUCACUAUUCUGGCCCUGGUUGGGGUGUUUUUGGCCAAUUCGGCUGAAAGUGCUAAGGUUUUCAGCUCUGGAGUGGUUGAUCUUUAUUUCGAAGAAUCGCCCGAUGGUUACGGCUUUGAACUGCGCCGAGACAACGUGGUAAAAAUGACGGGAAUAUUCGGAAAAGGCGUCGACUUCACUAAUACCUCACCCAACUUUAAUGUAACCAUCAUGUCAGUUGAUGAUGGAUUCAGAGUCGACUGGAGGUCGUCUGACCCGAAUUUUCAAACCACUGACUGUUUAAACCUGCAGUCUGAAACGUUGCAUUGGUAUGGGGGUCCGGAAAUCUAUGAACAGAAAUGGCCCAUUGAAAAGCUGCAAUUAAGUGGAGAUGAUGCUUAUGUUGCCAGAAAAGACGAUAACUUUGCAGUACCUGAGAGAUACUGGUUAAACUCUCUUGGAGCGUUUGUCUUCAUUAGCGAAAGAUCUCCACUGUUUGUGGACCAAAACACCGAAGAGAAUCCGGAUAGAGUUUGCUUCAUCAGUAAAAACGAAGGCCCUUAUAUAAACAGGACUGGGCUUUUCUCUCAAGCCUAUUUAAUGGCGUUUGACGAGCCUGUAUCGGCGCACCGAAGUGCGGUUGCCCAAUUCCUAGGAGAACCUGAAGAGUUGCCUAAUGUGAACAUGAUCACUGAGCCCAUCUGGACCACGUGGGCAAAAUACAAAAAGUACAUCGAUGAUACCAUAGUAAGCGAAUUUGCCUACGAUGUGCUAGACCAUGGUUUUAAAGGGCAAAUUGAAAUUGAUGAGCAAUGGGAGACUUGCUUCGGGUCUCGGGAGUUUAUUCCGGAUAAGUUUGGGAACAUCAAAAACGUAGUGGAAGACUUGCAGGAACAAGGCUUCCGCGUCACUUUAUGGGCCGCUCCUUUUAUCAAUCCCGAUUGUACUGAGCUUAUUUUGGAGGGCGAAGAAAAAGGAUAUUUCGUGCAAAACACCAUUGGAAAUAUGACGACCGUUUGGUGGGAAAGUAACGAUGCGCGACAAAUAGACUUCACUAACCCUGAGGCCAGUGAAUGGUACUCCCAAAAGUUGAGAAGAAUUCUUCAGCAGGUUGGGGUGGAUGGGUUCAAGUUUGAUGCUGGUGAAACUGACUAUGUUGCACAACCCGGAGUUUACCCUCACGUUGAUCAGGAAUUGAUUCCCAAUAUUUUGACUAAAAGCUAUAUCAAGACUGUGUCGGAGUUUUCUAAUUUGGCUGAGGUUAGAUCUGCAUUCAGAACCCAGAACUACAGCAUGUUUCUCAGGAUGAUCGACAAAGAUUCAGUGUGGGGUUUAGAUGAUGGCCUGCAAUCACUGGUAACCACUCUUCUGCAGCUGAAUAUGAUCGGCUAUAGUUUCGUGCUUCCUGAUAUGAUUGGAGGCAAUGCCUACCGAGCUCAGCCAGACUUGGAGCUGGUGAUCAGAUGGACUCAGGCCACAGUUUUCAUGCCUUCGAUGCAAUUCAGCUUUCUGCCUUGGGACUUUGAGGAUGAUGAACAGUUAAAAGGGACGGAAAUAAUUCGAUCAAUGGUGGAAUUGCACACAAAAUACGCUCCUAAUAUUAUUGCUGCGAUGGAGGAGAAAUUAAUCAACCGAACCCCAACAAAUCCCCCUAUAUGGUGGAUUGUUCCGUUUGAUGAAACGGCACUAGGAAUUAGCGAUGAAUUCUUGCUUGGCGAAGACAUUUUAGUUGCACCAGUUAUGGAACAAGGAGCCACAUCUCGGGAUGUGUAUC